AUGGUGACGAAGAAAGAACUACAACAAUAUGUCGUUGAAUUACUAUCCGAAUGUUUUGGAACAUUUAUUUUAAUACUUCUCAACGAAGGUGCCAUUGCCAAUUACAAAUUUGCUCGAUUUACUUCGCAUUCGACACUUUCAAUUUAUCUCGCAAUUGGUGUCGGUGUUUAUACAGGUGCACACAUCAAUCCUGCUGUAAGCAUAUCACUAAUGACUGUUCGCAAACUCAAACCAUUGCAGUGUGUUUUCUAUGUUAUCGGUCAAAUAGUUGGUGCAUUUUUAGGUGCUGCUUUAGUUUAUCUUGUUUACUGGAGCCAAUUCAAUGAAUUUGACGGCGGUACACGUCAAAUAACAGGUCUUUAUGGCACAGGUGAUAUUUUUUUUACAAUGCCUGGCAAAAAUGUACCACACUGGAAUGCGUUUAUAGAUCAAAUUGUUAGUACUGGUCUUCUGUUGAUCUUCAUUAUGGCAGUUGAACAGGACUUCAAUCGUAUGAUUUCAGAAGUAAAUAAACCUUUUGCACUUGCUUUGAUCGUUAUGGGAAUUAAUUGUGCAUUUUCAAUCAAUGCAGCAGCUGCACUUAAUCCUGCUCGUGAUUUAGGUCCACGACUUUUCAGUGCAUUUGUUUACGGUUGGAAUGAUGUAUUUUGUGCGCAUAAUUAUUAUUUUUGGAUACCAAUUGUUGGUCCCAUUCUCGGAGGUAUUAUUGGAGUGUGGAUCUAUCAAUGUUAUGCUUCGAUCAUUAAGAACUAUUGGCAGUUUUCCAAUACUAAACGUAACAAGUCUGCUAAAAUCGGUCACGAAGCGAUACGAACAGAAGAUGAUCUAUCAGAGCUUCGACAACAACAACAGACUAAAUUUCUUGAUGAUGAUGAUUAA